AAGGCCUCGGCAGGGCAUGAAUCCUCCGCUUCCAACCCUUGACUGUCCUACCAGUACCGUGAUCCCAUUAGCAGCACCCCCUCUAAGCAGCUAUCCUAUAACACGCCUCCCAAUCCAAGUUCCCGAAGCAAAUCAACACGGUUACUCGUAGGAGAGUGGAGCACAAGCACGCAAACGGGAAAGCAUCAUACUCCAACCGUGCCGGUGUCACAGCUGCUAUGGACCUGCUUACUCCUAUCCGAAUCUCAGCUCUUUCCCCCUCUUCCCAACAAAACGACACCCCCCUUCUCACUGCUGUUACCCAGCCGGCCGAUUCCCCCGAAGCCCCUAUCACUGCGGCGUCCAUCCCCCGGUCCAUAUCCGAUCUGGAUGAUAUCCUUUCCAUCCUCCGCUCAAGGCCCUCGGCUGAGCUCCUUUUCCGAAUCCUUGUUCUACUAACUGCAGACGUCCAGCCUCAUUCCUCGUAUGACAUUCGUACCCCUACGCCGAAGGCUUCGCAGGUUGUCAACACUCUGCUGGAAAUUACUGUACCCGACUUUUGGAACUCCCUUCCGAAAAAAGAGAAAAGGCAGCUAGCAGAAUGCCUGAGAUCCAUCACGGGGCUUGGAGGAAUCGUUUCGAGGCUUCGACUUUUGUCCAAAGGCAAGAAAGAUACACCAAGCGACAGCUCCUUCGACAUGCGAAUGGAGGAACUUUUUGAUCUUCUGCACUCGGUUUUAAGAACCAAAGGCUUUAUUCAUCAAAUAUGGGAGUGGGGGAGCCGCGCUUCGUCGGAUUCCAAACAAGCAGUGGCUUGGAAAGGAUUUACCUCGUUAAUAGCCGGUGGUAAACUCCUAUCCGUUGCCGCAGAGGCUGAUAGACUGCUAGGCAUAGGUGAUGAGGGGGUGGGAAGAUGGAUAGGGAGCGAAUCCUUAUUCAUACCCUGGCUUGGUCAGGAGAUUGCUUGGGCUAGUUUCAAAAUUGACAUUACAAACGAAGCCGAGUGGAAGGCUCUGAACUCAAUGACUGUGAGGGCGCUCGGUUUGGGUCACCGUGGUAUGUAACCACACCAUUCGCACAAGUAGUUUCUGGCCUACCGCUCGGAAGCAAAUCUGAUGUCAAUCGGUCAUAGAUGAGUUCGUGGAAAACCUCAGUUACCCUCAUAUUCAACCUGAAGGUGGACUAGAGAGACUACAUAAAUUGAUAUCUUCUCUUCCGGCGCAUAACAAACAUACAUAUCUGACCUCUCUACUCCGUAAAUUAUCGUUGAAGCACCUCUCUAUAUCGCCGGGGAUGUAUCAAGAGAGCGAAUGGUGGAAGGGAGAUGCUGCCAGGGUAUCGUCCGUUGCGGGUCUCAUAGACUCUCUGGUGGGGUGUGAUGACGAUCUCCAAGCCUUAGUAGUAGAAUGGUUGGUCGGUAGUCAAGGCGGUGGAAUCGGGGAGCCGAUAGGAAUUCGGAGAGCCCUCAUCGUUCUUCUAGCGAAGGAUGCUAUGACCCUUAAAGAGUUGUUCGAAAAGAGUCUACAACAAUUCUCAAACCAGCUAUGGAUCAAACACGCGCCCAUAUUGCAGCAGGAAGGUUUGUUUGACCUCUCUUUGCACCUGGUUUUCUCGUCAGCCCGUCCUGGUGGUCGGGGGUAUGCUUCUGGUGCAUUUACUUGUUACUACUAUAAAUAUACUAUAUGCUUAUUCUUUCCCUCCUGUCCCAUUUUUUAAAGUGAACGCUCAGAUACUCCUUCUCUGUGCUGGAUAUGUCCAUCGCCAAAUACCUGCGUUUAUGACCCGUAUGGCGCGCUCUUCGACAUUCCUGAAUGGAAUAUCCAAUCGGAUUGGAGCCACAUCCGAACGGGCCCGAUUCCUUGGAAUGGUUGUCGGGGAGUCUUUCUCUGGUCUCGCCGAUAAAGAAGGGAGCAAGAUGAGCUUCGGAGUCCACGAAACUUCCACAGAAGAGGCCAAAUGGUGGAAGGACAUCCCGAGUAUAGAAGACACAGUGGGGUCGGCAUCAGGUCUACUAACUCCUUCAGAAUUAAUUGUCAACAAGAAAAAGCAGCCAACCAUCCAGUCAACGGCACAGAUGACUUCGACGAUCCAAGUGAUUAAAGAGGUAAAGGAUGAAGAGGAGGGAGGUGACAAUGACGACGACGACGACGACCUGAUGCCCUACGCAAAGCCGGAUUCUGAUCCAGAGGACUCGGAAGAGGAUGCAGCAGAUGUUGUCAGAAAAAAGGAUACCGCACCAGUGUAAGUUUCCCUGGUCACGAACCAUCACUCACUAACAAGAGUAGUUACAUCCGAGAUCUCUUAUCUAUGCUACGUGAUACAGAAUCCUACGACCGUCAACAACUAUCUCUAGGAUCUGCCGCCUCUCUCAUCCGACGGAAGGCGGCUUUCGGAAAAGAACUCAUAGAUCACGCCCCCGAGCUCACCUCAUACCUCGCGGGGAUGCACGACAAAUACGACAUGGACAACUUCCAAGAGAUGCGUAUGCAAGGUCUUAUUUCAUUGGUUGUUUCCCUUCCGGAAAUCGUGGGGCCACUGCUUGCAAAGCUAUUCUUCGAAGGGGAUUACUCUAUGGGACAACGCGCCGGUAUUCUAUCUGCAAUCGGAAUGGGUGCAAGAGAGUUGGCCGGAUUUAAAGAUGAUGACCUUCCACUCAGCACCGAGUCGGCAAAGGGGAAGGGCAGCACAGACCUAUUUCCUUCGAAGCGCCUUCCUGCCAAGGGAGACGCCAUAUGGGGCAAUGAUAAGCCCAAAACUCCAUUAGAAAGAAUAACUGGUACCCUGGAACGGCUCAUGAUCCAACCCAUGGCAGCAGAAGCAGCAGAUAAAGCAGCGGGGCCAAAGGCCCUGAGAGUGCGCGUAUUCUCUAGCAGAAUUGAGGUGGAAAAGAAACGUGCAAAGCCUACGGAGAACAAACUAAGCAAAGUAGUUGCCGAGGCUUUCUUUUUCCCAUUGACCGGAAGAUGGUGGGCCGCAUUGAAAGACUAGUAAUCCCCACCCUCUCUAUUUCUACACUUCACAAUAUAUCUAACACCAACAGCUCCGGCCGUGGGAUCCACUUUACCCCUUUCCUCCUAACAAGCUUCCUCAAAACUCUCGGCAUCAUCCUCCACGCAACCGGUCCAUCCGCACCCCCGCUUCCGCAAAUGACCAGAGAAAUCUGGGAGAUCACAUUCAACCUCCGCCACACGGAUGAAGAAACCGUGCUGGAAGGACUGCUGUUCACAUUGCUAACGAUGCUGGAGCUAAACUCCGAGGACGGAGUGGGGCUCGCGAGAGAUCACCCCAAGGAGCUUAUCGAGGUGCAGGAAUGGCUCGGUGGGAUCGUUGUUGCUGGAAGGGGCGGGAGUAAGGUUCUGGGACUAGCCUCCGGUGCACUGCUAAGGGUCGAGGCUAUUUUCAAAGAGUUCCAGAGGAGGAUUAUGGGGGAGAUUGUCAGGGAUGGGUAAAGUCACAGAGGAUCGCUCGGUGCCGGGGAAGAGCUAUUGUUGGAAGAGAUAAACCGGUUGUUUAGCCCCCUGGGCUAGUAUUCAGUUGAUUAGUAGCCUGAGUCAGGGAGUCUCCCAAUCUGUUCCCGGAGCUGCACUGCGCGCUCAAAGAUGGCCUCUCGCUUUCUGUCGCCCUGUGAAACUGUAGUGCCGAGCGUCCAAUAUCAUAUCACCCAAGUCAACUAUUGAGAAAGAUUUGAAGACAAUGCAGAAACUGUUUUCUCCU